UUAUGGAUUAUCCUACUCAAAGCAGUCUUUCUUCACCCUAGCAAGCCUCACAUUGAAACUACAGAGCUCCCAGAAGUACCAAAAAAUCAAGGGCUUUGGGGGAGCCCUCACAGACUCGGCCGCUUUCAAUCUUCUGUCCCUUUCUCCGAAGGCGCAGGCAAAUCUUCUCAAGUCCUACUUCUCCGAAGUCGGGAUCGAGUACACCCUGAUCCGUGUGCCCAUGGGGAGCUGUGACUUCUCCUUGAGGAUGUACGCAUACGAUGACUGGGACGACGACUUUGAGCUGAAAAACUUCAGCCUGGCCGAGGAGGACACCAAGAUGAAGAUUCCGAUCCUCCAGCGAGCCCAGAAGGUUGCACCCAAGCCGCUCUCGUUCUUCGCUAGUCCCUGGACCUCUCCGGUGUGGAUGAAAACCAACGGGGCCAUGACGGGGCGUGGGACCCUCAAGGGGCAGCCAGGAGACAAGUACCACAAGACGUGGGCCAACUAUUUCAUCAGGUUCUUAGACGAAUACGCUAAGCACAAUGUGACUUUCUGGGCCAUAACUGCAGGCAACGAGCCCAUGGCUGGGAACAUAUUGUUCUACCCCUUCCAGUGCCUCGGCUUCUCCGCGGAGCACCAGCGGGACUUCAUCGCCAAAGACCUGGGCCCUGCCUUGGCCAACAGCUCCCAUAAAGGCAUAGAUCUGAUCAUUCUUGACGACCAGCGGAUAUUGCUCCCAUUCUGGGCAGAAGUGGUUCUGAAAGACCCCGUGGCUUCCAGUUAUGUCAAUGGGAUUGGCGUCCACUGGUACCUGGAUUUCCUGGCCCCCACUGACCUGAGCCUGCUCAUCACCCACCGCCGCUUCCCCAGCUACUACAUCAUCUCCACAGAGGCCUCCACAGGCUCAUACAUCUUCGAGCACUGGGUGGCGCUGGGGUCCUGGGAACGCGGCAACAAGUACAGUUACAGCAUCAUCACGAACCUCAACAACUACGCUACAGGCUGGACCGACUGGAACUUGGCUCUGAACAUGGAAGGCGGGCCCAACUGGAGCAGGAACUACGUGGACAGCCCGGUCAUUGUGGACACGGCCAAGGACGUCUUCUACAAGCAGCCCAUGUUCUACCACAUGGCGCACUUCAGCAAAUUCCUCCCAGAGGGAGCACAGCGAAUUGGGAUCCAUAGCAGCACAGUGAGCACGCUGGAAUUCUUGGCCUUCCUGCGCCCGGACGGCUCGGCAGCCGUUGUGGUCUUGAACAGGUUGCAAUUUGAAGGAACAUCAAGUCAGGCUACAAGUCGUCUUAAAGCAUCAAGUCACUUUUUUAAGAGACAGAGGAUGCACUUGUCUGUGGAUCUGACAAGGAGGUGCAUGGAUUGCCACCUUCAAGAACUGUUGCAGUUCUUAAGUACCUGGGAGCCAUACUGCUUUGCUGAUGUACUACAAAUCAGCGAGAGAGUCAUUAGGUCAUCCAUAUUCUGCCACUUGCCUGUCCUUCUGGAAGCAGUGUUACUCUGGUCUGCCCAGGAUGUACCUUUUGGGAUUGUGGACCCUGACGUGGGGAAUAUUGAAGCUGUAGCAACCGCCAACUCCAUUCAGACCUACCUUUGGCAGCGCCCUCCAGAAAAGCUGGAGUAGCCCAACCGGUUGAGACGGGGCAGGUGGGCAACGCUUCGUCCCUCAGCGCUUUGUCCGCGGGAGAAGCGCUUACCUUGGCGAGGGGAGGUGGCGAUAGGCACGGCAUCGUGAGGAGGAGUCUGCCAGGAGAAGGGGCCUGCAUGGACUUAGACCUGCAAGGUGAGCCGCUCGCUUCCCCGGCUUCUGCCCCCAUCACUGUUAAUCCAGAUUGGCUGCGUGCAUGUGCCAUUGAAGGGCAGGCCAUUUAAUGAUUCCUGUCCCCAUCUUCUUUGAGGGUGUCAGUUGCCCUUGUCACCAUCCCCCUCCAUGAGCGUGUGAUUUCCAGGCAUUUUAUACAAUAAACCAGGCUUUUUGCCCUCUA